AUGCAAAUAAAAUCAACAUUUCUUAAUGAAGAUUAUUUAAUACCGUAUUUACCGAAAAUUUCAACGACAGACCAACAAACAACAGCGAACAUUAGAAAUAUUUUGAACCAAGAACUAAAAGUUGAAUACACGAGGAAUAAUAAAAAUUUUGUGAUUAUGAUUGCAAAUGGUCAUUCCUUUGUAAAACGUCAAGCAACCCGGAUUCGCAGUUAUUGGUCAUGUAGAUUCCAUCGUAAAUUAAAUUGUUUAGCAAAGGUUAUUAAAAUUGGAGACAGAGUGAUUGCACCUAUACCCAUUGAGCACAAUCAUCGUGUUAUCCCUGAAAAAUCCUUGGAAUAUAAAUAACAUGUAAAAUAUGAACACAUUUUGUGCAAAUAAAAUCACAAGACGUCAUUUUUCAUUUCUUUGUUUACAUAUAUUGAAAAACUCAAUUU